AAUCUUUAACUCUUUAACUAAUUUUUACACCUAAACAUGCAAUUUAUGUUCUAUUUCUAAACAACUUUUAGGCGAUCAUUUCUUUGCGGUGUUUAAAAUUGUAACACCAAUUAAAACACAAGAACGAAAUGAACAGCUCGAUAUUAAAGCUUGCGCAGAUUUGCACUACGGGACAAAUAAAUCAACUGUCAACGGUAUUAGCAUCGCAACUUCACAUAUCUGCUCCACUAUGUAGAGUUGUUUCUGGCAAGUACAGAAUCACUAAAAAGAAGGACCGACCGCUCACCUAUGAAAUGGCUAAUCCUCCUCAUUUUAUAGCUCACCGCAAGUCGUGGAAUUCAUGGAACACAUCAAGUUUGAAAGACGGGCUUCGGCGAUCAGAGACAGCUGUUGAAGAUGAGUUCAUUAGAAGAUUUAUGAACGGCACUUGGCAUGGACUUGUUUGCAGUGAAGUAAUAAUAAAAAGGCAGUUCAACCAUAUACGAGUUGCUGCUAUCAUCAGAAGGGCGGUGUCUCCUAUGAAAAUGUAUUUCCUUCUUGGAUACACUGAAGAACUCUUAUCCAAUUGGAUCCAAUGUCCUGUAACCUUAGAACUACAAACUGUGGAUAGCUUCAAAGAUGUUGUUUUCAAAUAUAUUUAAAGUUAAGUGUGAUUUGAUUUUGUUAUUGUACAUAGAUUAGGUUGAAAGUCAGUUUUAUUAUAAAUAUUUUAAAAAUUG